AUGCCAAUUCCCAAUGGCCUUUCUUGGUCAUUAAAGAAGAUUUGGCAACAAAGGGAGACUCUGAGUAGUUCUGGUGAUAUGCAGAAGUUUGUAACUUCAGGGAAAUUUAAGAUUCAGAGGCUGUAUAAUCAUUUGAGGCAACAAGGGGAACCUGUGAGAUGGAAGAGAAUUGUGUGUAACAGCCAUGCUAGCCCAAAAAGUGUGUUUAUUGUGUGGUUGGCCCUGCAGGAUAGACUUGCAACUAAAGAUAGGCUGAGAAGAUGGAAUAUUAUUGCAGAUAGUGUCUGUAGCCUGUGUCACAACACUGAUGAAAGUAGAGAUCAUCUUUUCUUUGAGUGUAGUUAUUCUGCUGAAAUAUGGAGCCAUGUUCUGCAGAGAAGUGGAAUUCAUAGAACUUCUGGAACUUGGAAUGAAAAGGUGCAGUGGGUUCAGAAAGUAAGCAGGAGUACUAGAAGCAAAUCUAGAUUGUGUAAUAGUCUGUUCUGUGAAACUGUGUACUCUAUCUGGUUAGCUAGGAAUUCUAAAAUUUUCUCUAACCAGUUUGAAAGUAGCUUAUGUAUUGUAAACAGAAUUUUGUUUAGGGUAGCUUGUAAUAGCUAG